AUGUUUGUGAUGGGUAUGAACCACAAAAAGUAUGACAACUCACUCAAGAUUGUCAGCAAUGCUUCCUGCACCACCAACUGCUUAGCGUCCCUGGCCAAGGUCAACCAUGAAAACUUUGGCAUUGCUGUGGGCAAGGUCAUCCCAGAACUGAAUGGGGAGCUCAAGUGUUGCCUUCUGUGUACCUACAGUACCAUCCUGGAUCUAACAUUCUACCGGGAGAAAGCUGCCAAGUAUGAUGACAUCAAGAAGGUGGUGAAAAGGGUAUCUGAGGGCCCAGUAAAGGACAUCCUGGGCUACAUUAAGGAACAGGUUGUCUCCUGUGACUUUGACAGUGAUGUCUACCGUUCCAUCUUCCAUGCUGGGGCUGGCAUUGCUCUCAAUGACAACUUUUUAAAGCACAUUUUCUUGUAUGAGAAUGAAUACGGCUACAACAACAGAGUGGUGGACCUUAUGGCCUACAUGGCCUCCAAAGAGUAA